CUGCGCGAGCCGCGAUCCGCCUGGCCUGAGGCGGCGGCGGCCGCGGCUGCUGCUGCCGCUCCUAGUGCCGCUCCUGGUGCCGCUCCGGUACAGAUCAGUUAUUUCAAGAUGCUUUUCAUGCUGUGAACUUGAUGUGGGAAAAGAAUGUCUAUGGAAUGAAAUCAGCUGGAUUGAAAGCGAAUCAAAAUGGCUGCUGUCAUCUCAGAUAGUCCUCCGAACCCAAGCUGCAAAAUCAUGACUUUUAGACCUUCAAUGGAUGAAUUCAGGGAAUUCAACAAAUACUUAGCGUACAUGGAAUCACAGGGUGCUCAUAGGGCUGGAAUUGCAAAGGUUAUCCCACCGAAGGAGUGGAAGCCAAGAAAACAUUAUAAUGAUAUUGAAGAUUUGGUGAUUCCUGCUCCAAUUCAACAGAUAGUCACUGGGCAGUCGGGGCUUUUCACACAGUACAACAUUCAGAAAAAGCCCAUGACAGUGAAGGAGUUCAAGCAGCUGGCCAACAGUAACAAAUACCGCACCCCAAGAUACACAGAUUACGAAGAUCUGGAGCGUAAAUAUUGGAGGAACUUGACUUUUGUGGCACCAAUUUAUGGAGCAGAUAUCAAUGGGAGCAUUUAUGAUGAAGGUGUUAAGGAAUGGAAUAUUGCCCGUCUUAACACAAUAUUGGACGUUGUAGGAGAAGAGUGUGGAAUUUCUAUUGAGGGUGUAAAUACACCAUAUCUGUAUUUUGGGAUGUGGAAAACGACAUUUGCAUGGCACACUGAAGACAUGGAUCUCUACAGUAUUAAUUAUCUCCAUUUCGGGGAGCCAAAGUCAUGGUAUGCUAUUCCUCCAGAGCAUGGGAAACGGCUUGAAAGACUGGCUCAAGGGUUCUUCCCAAGCAGCUCUCAAGGAUGUGAUGCUUUUCUUCGCCACAAGAUAACUCUGAUUUCUCCAUCAAUAUUGAAAAAUUAUGGAAUUCCUUUUGACAAGAUUACACAAGAGGCAGGAGAAUUUAUGAUCACUUUCCCAUAUGGAUAUCAUGCGGGAUUUAACCAUGGAUAUAACUGUGCGGAGUCAACAAACUUUGCCACCAUUCGAUGGAUUGAUUAUGGAAAAGCAGCAAAAUUGUGCACUUGUAGGAAAGACAUGGUGUCAAUAUCCAUGGAUAUCUUUGUGAGGAAGUUUCAACCACACAGGUACCAGCUGUGGAGACAAGGCAAGGAUAUAUAUACCAUUGAUCAUACAAAACCAACUCCUGAAUCAACACCUGAAAUAAAGGCCUGGUUACAGAGAAGAAAGAAAAUACAGAACUUUCCGAAGAGCUUCCAGCACCCCAGAUCUCGAUCUAGAAAGCUUAAAACUCCAAAGGACAAGAGAGUAUCUGCUGUGAUGACUGCUGGCUUCAAGGUCAGUGAAGAACCUGAAAAAAAAGGGAGAGUGAUAAACACAGGAGUGCCUUCUGGGGAAGAAGAAAACAGUUGCAGAAUGCAGCUGAAUCAACGUUUGUUGGAUCAUGUUAAGGUUGCAGAGGGACAAACUUCUGAAGCAGAAAAUCCAGAUAAAGAGGAAAGUGUCUCGACAGAGGAUGAUAUCAGCAACCUAGAAAGCUGUGGGAGUAGUUUGGAACACGGAGAAGUGCCCGUUGUAAAAAACAAUGAAGAAGAUGGCAUGGAAACAUUUAGUUCAGAGGAAGCUGCAAGAAAGAAAAUAUCUAAGAGUUGGCGUCAUCCACUAAAUAAACCCCCAGCUAGAUCUCCCAUGACUUUGGUUAAACAGCAAGCAACUAGUGAUGAAGAACUACCUGAGAUUACCUUAAUUGAAGAGAAAUUUCAAGAGACAGAGGCAUGGGCCAGGCCUCUGGUCUACCUGUGGCAGACAAGAGUACCCAAUUUCAAUGCUGAAAAAGAAUACAAUGCAGCUUGUUCAAAAAAGGAACCUCAUUGUGCCAUUUGUACUCUUCUCAUGCCGUACUAUAAGCCAGACAAUCAUGAUGAAGAGGGUCCUACUUUCAGGGAAGCAAACUCAGCAGAAACACUGAUGGCAGAAAAUGAAAAGACUAAACCUCUUAUUCCAGAGAUGUGUUUUAUUUAUAGUGAAGAAAACACUGAAAACUAUCCAUCAAAUGCCUUUAUUGAAGAAGAUGGAACAAGUCUUCUGAUUUCCUGUGCAAAAUGUUGCAUACGGGUUCAUGCAAGUUGCUAUGGUGUUCCUUCUCAAGAAAUUCAUAAUGAAUGGUUGUGUUCUCGAUGCAGAAAAAAAGCCUGGACAGCAGAAUGUUGUCUCUGCAAUUUGAGAGGUGGUGCAUUAAAGCAAACUACUGACAAAAAGUGGGCACAUGUAAUAUGUGCAAUUGCCAUCCCAGAAGUCAGAUUUGGUAAUGUCACAGAGCGUACUCCGAUAGACACUAGCAGAAUACCUUUGCAAAGGUUAAAAUUGAAAUGUAUCUUCUGCAGACAGAGAGUUAAGAAAAUCUCUGGUGCCUGCAUUCAGUGUUCAUAUGGACGCUGCCCAGCAUCCUUCCAUGUUACCUGUGCCCAUGCUGCAGGAGUGCUGAUGCGACCCGAUGACUGGCCAUUUGUUGUCUACAUGACGUGUUUCAGGCACAAAAGCAACCACAAUGUGAGAGGUAAAGCAUCUGAGAAGACCAUUACAGUUGGGCAGACAGUCAUCGCAAAACAUAGAAAUACGCGAUACUAUAGUUGCAGAGUCAUAGGAGUGACAUCUCAGCUUUUCUAUGAAAUCAUGUUUGAUGAUGGCUCUUUCAGUCUGGAUACUUUUCCUGAAGACAUUAUAAGCAGAGAUUGCCUAAGGCUGGGUCCACCUGCAGAGGGAGAGGUUGUCCAAGUGAAAUGGCCUGAUGGAAAACUGUACGGUGCGAAGUAUCUGGGAACAAACGUAGUUUAUAUGUAUCAGGUUGAGUUUGAAGAUGGUUCUCAAAUAGUAAUGAAGAGAGAAGAAAUAUAUACACUAGAUGAAGAGCUUCCUAAGAGAGUAAAAGCGCGUUUUUCUACAGCCUCUGUCAUGAGAUUUGAAGACACAUUUAAUGGAUCAGAUAUUAUCUUGGGAGAGAAGAAGAGGCAGAGAGUAUUGAGUUCUCGCUUUAAGAAUGAAUAUGUGGAUGAUCCGGGAUACCGCACAUUCUUGAAAAGCUCAUUCCAGAAGAAAUGCCAGAAGGGGCUAUAAAGGCAGCAGAUGAAGAGAGAGGAGGUUGAUUAAAAAGCAUGCAGCAUUAUUUGGAAUUGUUUUUUGUUUAAUUGAACACUCUGUUUUACAACGAACCAGUCUAUACCCCAUCCUCAUAAACUGAAGUAUUUGGGUUCUGAUUUCUUUGGUUAAUGUAUUAAAGAUUUUGUAAUGUUUUGCGUUAUAGAACUAGAGGGGAAACCCAAGAGAGAUUAUGAAGGGAUGUACUAAAGAAACGUUUCAGUCCUGCUGUCCUAGGUUUUUUGCGGGGGGAUAAUGCCUAGAGCAGUGUGGGCGUGGCUAAAUUGCUGUUCUAUACCACUCACUUCAUCUCUGGGAGGCGUGGCUUCAGAGGGAAGAACAAAAGGCACACACACAGGAAGCAUGCUGUUUUCAUUACAUUUCUUUCCUGGGGAAGCUGCUGGGCCAGCACUGUGGACUCUGAAAAGCAGUGAACAUAGCCACGAUGUGGCUGUGCUUGCAGCCAAGAUGCAAUUCCGGAGUGGUGGCACCACGCAGAAUUGAACCUGCAGAGCACUCUGGAAGCGGCCAGUGGGGUGCAGCACAGACGAUCUGGCUUUUGUCAUAGUGUUUUUGUUUUCUUGGGCUCAGGGAUGGGGAAUGCUGGCUGUGGAGAGUAUCCACCACCUUGUCUUUCUCCCAGGGGGCCAUGUGGUGCUACCUGUGGAGAGCAUGCACCACCUUGCCUUUGUCUUGGUGGCCUCAUGGAACUAAUUCAAGGUAGUGAACACCUCUUGUGUGUAAAGCACCUUUUCUAUACUUUUGUCAUUAAUAUUUUUGCUGUUACUGUGUGUUUCUUAUUCUACUGCUGUUUGUUUUCAGUAAAUUGUUACCUCAACCUGUGGUCUCUGCCUUUGUCCCUCUCUCACCAGAGGGGGGCGGGGGCAAGAGGAGCAGCUUAUUUGAAGUUUAAUUACCAGCUUGCUUUUUAAACCACCACACCUGCUCACAUUGAAAUAAAUCAUAAAAUUCCCUUUGAAGAUUCACAUUCUGAAAAGGAGACAUUUUAGUAAACAGAGAUAAUGUCAGUGGCUCAUUUUUUUCUGCACCUAAGUUCAAUAAUAACAGUUUUUAUAAAACAUUUUUAAAACAAAUACAGAUAUAUACAGUACUGAGGCAAACAAAGGCUGUGCUUACUUUGUACAGUGCUUUUACAUAUUUAUAUCACUACUGUUUUCAGUAGGGUUUGAUGGGGACUCAACUAUUGACUUAAAUAUUUUUGGCUUUUAAGAAAGAUAUCUGUAGCACAGCAAGGAUGUUUUGUAUAUUUUAAGAGAGAUUUUGGCAGUUUUUUCUAAACAUGUUUUUCAUAGGGUCUAUAAAAAAUAUCUAGUUGUUAAAUACAAAUUUCUUUCACUAUGUGUAUGAAAAAUUAGAGUUCAAAUAUAACAACCUAGUUUUGAAUGAAUAUAUUAUGGUCUGUCUUUUAAAAUAAAGUUCUAGCAA